AUGCGUUUCGGCAUAACGAUUAAAGGCAGAUUUUAUAUCAUUCGACAAACUCGUCGAUCGUUUCUUUGUCUCAUCAUUAUCACUAUCAUUAUUUUCUAUCUAUUCGUCAAAUGGACACCUCACGAGGUCACAUACAAGAAUAUUAAUUACGAUCGAUGUUUGCAAAACCGACUGGAACAAUUUUCACGGGAUCAAGAGGAAAUGAACACAAUUUUCAAUCAUGACCCGAUUCAGUAUGGAGAAAUCGUUAGUUUGCCAUUCACAGGUAACGGUUAUCUUGGUCUUUCUUUAUCCAGUCAAUCUCACAUACAACUUUUAACUGAUAUUCGUUCCCAAUUCAUAUCUACUGGUUACUCUCCAAUUGUUCAUAUUUCGUCUGAUACAUGGGAGGCUUCAAGUGUAACACUAUUACAAAUGAAACAAGGUCUCGUCAAACGUAUUCAAUGUUAUAAACUUAGUCAAGAACGUUCUGCACAUGUUACUCAAUCCUUAUAUGUACAUCGACAGCGACCAUCGUUGAUUGUUCAAGAUAUCGAAAUCACUAAUCCCAGUGAACAUGCCCUUGACCUUGGAUUACUACAAAAGAGAGAAAUAUCGAAAACGGAUGUCCAACAGCUCGAUGAACAAGAUGUUCGAUUUGACUCGCCAACGAAUAUUUAUCAAAUGACAACGAAUCAAAUAUCAACACGGCAAAAUAAUCCUAUUAUAUAUGUUAUUAUUACGAAUAAAGUACUGUCGAAUACCAAUGUUAAACCCGGUAGCCUAGAAAAACAAACAAUUCUAACUGUAGUAAAGUUUUCUUCUCCACUUUCGAAAGCUUCCAUUGCAAAUGAAACCUAUCUCAACGAAUGGAAAGUUAAAUUACAAAAACAAGCCAAAGAUGACAUGGCAAACGCUCUUUCAACAUCAUCUGUUAGAUUAUUAAAAGAGCAUGUUAAUACAUGGUCAUCAAUAUGGCAAAGCGGUUUUCGUAUGAGUCGUUCAUUGGCACCCUCAGCCAUGAAUGGAGAUGUUAUCAAUCGAACGCUUUACUAUGUUCUUUGUUCAACCCCAUCGCCGAUUUAUGAAUUUAAUAUUGAUGAAAGUAAAAGAAAUGAGUUGAAUCAGAGCCUCUUUCAAAUGGAGCAAUGCUAUGAAAGUCAUUCAACAUUAAUUGGAGAAAAACUAUGGAUAUCGCCUGGUGAUGAUCUAGCUGUAUCACAAUUAGCUAACCUAUGGCGUUCGACGUUAUCUCGAAAGGGUUGUUUUACAUUAAUGCGAAGUGGUGCUGAUGGUGUUCUUCAAUCUAUGUUGCUUUCCAUCGGUGGUAUACGUUUUCGUACACAUCAUUUAGAGAUGUAUCUCGAUCCGAAGGAGCUUCAUCGUGAUAUGUUUUUUCGUUCGAUUAAUUUUGGUAAACAAUAUCAUGUAAAUAUAAGUAUUACCGUUGGUCACGAUAAUCGUGCUGUUAUCGAUGUAUCGAUUGAUAAUGAAAACGCUCAGGCUUAUGCAUGCGAUGCUGGUUGUUUAGAUCCGCCAACAAAAUUAAGUCAUCAACCGGUACGUUUCCCGGUAAAAAUGACAAGUCCACCAACAGCAAUUCUCUACAUUGCCGAAGAUUUCGAGUAUAUGACACAAUUAAAAGACACAUUACAUGUAAAAGAAGUCGAGAUCGCUCCUCCUCAUGCACAUGAUGUUCUCGCACUUCACCGACACGGUCAUAAACUUGGCGGCUUGCCUAUAGUCUUCUGGAUUGCAUUAGCAUUUUUAAUCGAUCGAUUUAAAACAAAAAUAACUUUGAUAAUCAUAUCCGAAAGAAAAUCUAGCUCAAUGCAACCACCAAAACCUUGGACUAAAACAACCGAGCCGUCAUCUUACGACCAAAUCUACAAAUUUCUCGAACAUUCGCUAAAUGAAUGUUUGUCUUUCAUCGACGAAAUUGAAAAUGAAUAUUAUCAAGAUACAUCGACUUCAGUGAAUAUUAAACCUAAACUUCAAACAGCCAGAAGACCGCAAUCUGUUAAUACACUUAUUGCAUGGUCGGGACCAUUGAAUGAAUUACGAAAUGCACGUCUUCUUAGUGAUAUUCGAAAUGGUAAAACAGCACGGGAUCUUCUAACUGAAGCCAGAACGGGAAAUUUCGGUGAUUCGAUAUCGGAUGAGUGUGUCAACCUGUUGAAGAGUAUUUUGGAUAAAACAAACGAUCAAUUACACUCAAAAAUGCCACUAUUAGCUAAUAAAAUCGCGGAAUGUAUGAAUUUAAUGGAACAAUACUUUCUUUCGUUUUAUGACAUUGAUAAUAUUCAAGAAGUUGUUCAAAAACGAAGAAAUGAUCGACCACCGGAUGAAUACGUUGAAACAGCGUAUACUUAUGAAAAAGCUCGAUGGACGCAUAUAUUUCAAGUGAAUAAGUCAAUAAAAAUCUUAUCGGAAAUGCAACAACGUGCUGAAGACACUCGAGGCAUUGUCAUGUCAUCUUUAUCGAAAGAAUGUCAAGAAUUGGCUGUUCGUUGUGAUUGUACAUCGCUUUCAUACAUAUUCGCGUUGCCCGAAUGUUACAUUGAAGCUCGACGAGCAAUUCAAGCUCUUCGAACUUGGUUAAGCGAAGAUUCGAAAUACACAUCAUUUAUUCAAACGUCAUUGAAAGUGUUGGAUGAAAAAUUCGCUGACGAGAAGAAGAACUUUGAAUUUGCCAAAGCACAUCUUAGUCAUGUUGAACAUCGAGCGGAUUCCUUUCAUAUUCAAUUGAAGAAAGCUGAACAGGAAAAUGAACUCAAUGCGAAAAAGCUUGAAGAACUCGAAGAACGACUAGAUACGAAAGAACGAGAUUAUCUAUCAAAGCGUUUGACAUCAGAAGUGUAUGAGGAUCAAUUGAAAAAAAUGCUUCAAGCAGCCGAAGAAUCCGAUACUGUUGAUAAUCAUUUAUCCAUCGAACGAUUUCAGCAAGAGAUUAAACAAUUUGCUAGAGAGUUGCCAAAAUUAAAAGCUCAAAUGGAAACAAUUAAAGGACGUAUUGCGUUUUUUAAACAGCGCAAAGAAGAAUUAGCAGCGAUGCGUACAGAACACAAACGCUUGGCGCAAGAAGCACAGGUGGCAUUAGAAGAGAGAAUUUUAAGAGAAAAUGAAUUCAAUCGCGUAGCGAGUUGUCGAGAUGUAAUACGAAAUAUUUACAGAUGUCGUUCAACGAAUGAUUUGCCACAAAAAAUCUUCUAUUCUCUACCAAUUCGAUCGAGAAGAUCAGGUGAAGCUGAUAAUGAUGAUCUGUCCAAAGCUAUUCGUCUCGUAGCAAAAAAUAUCGGCCGAGACUGGACUCGACUCUAUUGGCAGUUACCUUUUCAUCCAGCACGUGGUCAAGAAGAAAUAUCGAAAGAUAUUGAAUACAUCGACGAUAAAUACCAUCGCGGUGACGUUCAUCAAGCACAAGCAACAGAUUCAUUGAAUAAAUGGCGACGUUUCCAUACACGUGCCGUACUUGACGAUCUAAUUCGAGCACUUCGUAAAGUACGUCGCCCAGACAUAGUACAAACUAUUGAACGACGUAUUCUCAAGCCCAAAAUAUCUAUCAAUGAUAUCCAUGAAGAUGUCGACCCCCGAAAGAAAGAAAUUGAAGAUUUAAAUCGAAAACUGAAUCAUUUAUUUGAUAAAAUUAAAACAGGUGCUAUUACCACGCACGACACAUAUUCCUAUUCAACUAUUGGUAUCGCCCCGCUACGCCCGGUUAGAAAACACCGCACUCUGGCCACACAUUGA